CCCGCCCCUUUUGCCUGUCAGGAUGAGGCGGCUGAGGCGGCCCAGGGCCGGCGGCGGAGGCUGAGGCGGCGGCCCCUGUUGUGCUCGCUCCGCUCCCCUCGCCUGACUUAGCGGGCCCGGCCUCGGCGUGAGCUGGCUCAGCCAUGGCCCAGCCCGGGGCGGCGGCAGAAGAGUCGUCGACCGAAGCUCUCCUUCAACGAGUAGCAGAACUGGAAAAAGUCAAUGCUGAAUUUCUACGCACGAAGCAGCACCGUGAGCAGGAAUUUAAUCAAAAGAGGGCAAAAUUUAAAGAGCUGUAUCUGGCUAAAGAAGAGGAUCUGAAGAGGCAAAAUGCAGUACUUCAGGCAGCUCAGGAUGAUCUGGAGCAACUGCGAGCGCAGCUUACGGAAGCCCAAGCUGAAAUGGAGAAUAUUAAAGCCAUUGCGACAGUAUCUGAAAAUACAAAGCAGGAAGCUAUUGAUGAAGUGAAGAGGCAAUGGCAGGAAGAGGUUGCUUCUCUGCAGGCUAUCAUGAAAGAAACUGUCAGUGACUAUGAACUCCAGUUUCAUCACAGGCUGGAGCAAGAGCGAGCUCAGUGGAACCAAUACCGAGAGAACGUGGAAAGGGAAAUAGUGGAUCUGAGAAGACGUCUUUCCGAAGGCCAAGAAGAGGAAAACCUGGAAAAUGAUAUGAAGAAGGCCCAAGAAGAUGCAGAGAAGCUUCGUUCAGUUGUGAUGCCCAUGGAAAAGGAGAUUGCAACUUUGAAAGACAAACUGACAGAGGCUGAAGAAAGGAUAAAGGAGCUGGAGGCUUCAAAGGUUAAAGAACUGAAUCAUUAUUUGGAAGCUGAGAAAUCCUGCAGGACCGAUCUAGAAAUGUAUGUGGCUGUUCUGAACACUCAGAAAUCAGUUCUGCAGGAAGAUGCAGAGAAGCUGCGGAAAGAACUUCACGAAGUCUGCCAUCUAUUAGAGCAGGAACGGCAGCAGCACAACCAGCUGAAGCACACCUGGCAAAAGGCCAACGACCAGUUCUUAGAAUCGCAGCGUUUGCUGAUGAGGGACAUGCAGUGGAUGGAAAUGGUGCUGACCUCUGAGCAGCUUCGGCAAGUUGAAGAACUGAAGAAGAAAGAUCAGGUAACACUGAAGCCGAGUACAGUCCUAUCCAUAAAAAGGGAAGAUGAAGAGCAGCGGAAACUUCAUAAAAGGAAGGAAGACAAGCAGAAAGGCCCUGAUGAUGAAUCGAAAGUAAGCUCCAUCACUCAUGAUGAAUCCCUUCCGCAGUUCCUUGGUGAAGAGGUGCACAUAAACAGUACUCACGGUUCAGUCCACUCACUCGACACAGAUGCCCUGCUGUCUUCGGGAGAAUCUCUCAAGUCAGACAACGACAUGUUCAAAGAGGGGCUGCGGAGGGCACAGUCAACGGACAGCUUGGGAACAUCAGGAUCCUUGCAGGCCAAAACUCUGGGCUACAACAACAAAGCCAAAUCGGCUGGGAAUCUUGAUGAGUCUGACUUUGGACCCUUAGUUGGGGCGGACUCUAUGUCAGAGAACUUUGACACGGCCUCCCUUGGCUCUCUGCAAAUGCCCAGUGGGUUUAUGUUAACCAAAGACCAGGAGAAAGCAAUCACAGCGAUGACACCGGAGCAGGAGGAGACAGCAUCCCUGCUCUCCAGCAUCACACAGAGUGUUGAGAAUGCUUACGUAUCUCCUAGCGGUUACAGAUUAGUUAGUGAAACAGAGUGGAAUCUCCUUCAGAAAGAGGUGCAAAACGCUGGGAACAAGCUGGGCCGGCGUUGCGAUAUGUGUUCCAAUUAUGAGAAACAGUUGCAAGGAAUCCAGAUCCAGGAGGCAGAAACCAGGGAUCAGGUGAAGAAGCUUCAGGUGAUGUUGAGGCAGGCCAAUGACCAACUCGAAAAAACCAUGCGAGAGAAACAGGAGCUGGAGGAGUACAUGAAACAAAGCACUGAAGAUUCAGGAAAUCAGAUCUCCUCGCUUAUUGUUAGAGUUCAGGAGUCCGAGGCCCUGCUUAGCGAACUUCAACAGGCAUUUUCUCAAGCCAGGAGAGAUGUCCAGGACCAAAUGGCUGUCCUGACGCAGUCAAGGGAACAUGUCUCGGAGGAGUUGUUGAGACUCCAGAAAGACAAUGAAAGCCUUCAAGGAAAACAUUGCCUGCAUGUCUCUUUGCAGCAGGCUGAAGACUUUAUCCUGCCAGAAUCUGGAGAGGAACUCCGCGACCUGGUCCUCAAAUAUCGGGAAGACAUCAUUAGUGUGCGGACAGCAGCAGACCACCUGGAGGAAAAGCUGAAGGCGGAGAUUUUGUUCCUGAAAGAGCAGAUUCAAGCUGAGCAAUGUUUGAAAGAGAACAUAGAGGAGACUCUGCAGCUGGAAAUAGAGAAUUGCAAAGAGGAAAUAGCUGCUGCUUCCAGUCUGAAAACAGAACUGGAGAGAAUAAAAGCAGGGAAGGAGCAGUUGGAAUCCGCCUUGAAGGAGAAAAACCAACAGCUGGAAAGCUUGCAGGAAAGGAGAAACAGCCUUGAGGAGCAGCUGAAGAAGGAGUUGGCUGCAAAGGCAAACCUGGAGCAGCUGAUGUUUGAGGAGAAGAACAAAGCUCAGCGGCUGCAGACAGAAUUGGAUGUUAGUGAGCAAGUGCAGAGAGAUUUUGUGAAGCUUUCGCAGACCCUUCAGGUCCAAUUGGAACGGAUCCGGCAGGCAGAUUCCCUGGAGAGAAUCCGUGUGAUCCUCAACGACACAAAACUGACAGACAUUAAUCAACUGCCUGAAACAUGACACCCUCCAUAGCAGGGCUCUAAGGCUGCAAAUUUUUUGUUUUGUUUUGUGUUUGUUUCUGGUUUUUUUUUUUUUUAAAGAAAAACCCUCAUCUUUAUAGCAAAACAUUUAAUAAUUAUUAUUUAACUCUUAACUGAAAGAAGCAGAAGAUGACACAGGGGAACAAUGAUCCAGGCUGUGUUUCUGGAAGGGAGAGAUGGCUUUGUGUUGGGGGCAGAAAAGCGUCAGAUGGAGAGAUGAGCAAGAUGCUUUGGGGGGGGGGGCUUUAGUGGGGGACCGGACUUGUCAAAAUAACCACCCUAUCCUCCCUCUCUCACCUCCACCCCUACUCUGGAAUUCGGCUCUCUUCUUUCUCUCACCUCUUCCCAUUAAAAACAAAAUACUGUGGUGAAGGUAGUUCUGCAAAUCAAAUCUCCCCUUCUCCCCAAACCAUAUUUUGGAGUGAAGCUGUUGAACUCCACCCCAAUGAAGACUGAAGGGCUACCAGGGGUAUUGAGUGAGAGAGCAGGCUAGGCAGAUGCUGGUCUAGCAUGCUGUAUGAAUAUUUUAUAUUAAAAUAUGAAUUUAUCUGCAGGACACUGGAUUUGGGGUUUUUGAGCUCGGUGCACACAUUGUAUCUCGUAUGUUGUGCAGGAGGAGACCAAUUGCUGUUGAAAAGUGUGAUGGGACAGGAUGUUCGGGGGAUGGGGGGCAGUGUAGAUGAGAAGGCUCUGAAGUUGUCGAAAGAGAGGACUUGGCCUUCGGGGGAAAGCGACCACUAGAAAUAAAAAGCCUCGCCCUGCAGAUUGUUGGGGGAAGAGAAUGGGUGGCAAAUGCACCCUGGAACGGCUGCAGGAGCUGUUUGAAAACAACACUUUUUGUGUUGCCUUUAUUUCAGAGGUGGCAGGCAAAGAUAUCCUGCCCUAGUUGAGCUGAAAUUUAGGAUCUUUUCAUUUAUGGGAGGGAGCUAUAUCCCACCAUUCCUCCCCUCGAAGUGUGUGUGCUUUAUGGGGGGGGGUAUUUAAUCUGAAUACAAAGGACAGAGGAUGGAAUUAGGUUUUUUAUGACUCUUUAAUAAAACAAACAUGUCGAUUUCAAGGCAAAGUGGAGCAGGUGCUUUUCAGACUCACAGAUUUAGAAGCUGUAAAAUAUGCCGCUCUUUUAAAACAGAUUCUGAAACGGCGGUUAAGCUUCAAUGGAAUCAUUCUUGGAUAUGCCACUUUAGAUGCAGACUCCCCUUGCUGUGGACUUUGGGUUGGCAGCUGAUCAUGCUCUGGCCCCGUUGCAAAUCAGUGGGACCUCCAUGCAACUCAUUUGCCCUCUGCAUCUAACCAUUUGAGCAUGAAGGCAGGGGUGGAAUGUACUGCUGAGUUUGGAAGAAACAGGCUUUGAGGCAGAGCCACCAUGAAAGAAACCUUAUUUGCAGGUUCAAGCGUAUCAAAAAUAUUUUUGAUUUCUCUCAACCAUGAUUCCCUGUAAGAGCGUGUAGCUUCCUAGAAAGUGCAUCUUAGAAGGGUUGUGUGAAAUAGGCAGGGUGUGCUGUAUCCAUGAGCUGCAGCUCCCUUGCAUUCAUAGCCUUUUCCUGUAGCAGAACAGAUCACCUUCAACAGGGAGGUGCUUUGGGUGCAAAGAGCAGCCCAUUUCCCCUUCCCCUUUCUGUUCCUGCUACUGAAAGACCAGCCAUUGCUCCAUGAAGCUGAUUUGCUGGAAUGAGCCUAACAUGGCCCCUAAUAUAAUCAUGUUCGCCAUUACCUGAUUAUUUCCCAAACAACUAGUGAUCUGAAAUUCCGCUUCAUAUUUUAUCAGUGUAAGAGGAGGAAUUACCAGAGUUCCUUGCCCCCACCCUGCUCCUGCCAAGGGUCCCAUUCCAGACUUAACCACUUGGGGCCAGAAGUAAUCAGUCACUUUGGCUGUUCUGCAGGUUUCUGUUGUGCUGGAAGCGAUCUCCUAUGGGGAGUCUCUCGCUCAGUGUGGUUCCACCCACAUAAUUGCUACAGAAUCAGAAAACACUUGGUGGAAUCCAGUCUGUUUGUGUGUAUGUGUGUGUGUGUGUGUUUAUGGGAGGGGUGGAAUACUGCGGCAGUAAAGAAAUGGCAAGGUUGGGACGCCUACCGCUGCGAGGAACAUUUGCAACCAGUAGGAUUGGGAGAGAAGAAUCUAGUCUGCAUUGACAAGUUUCUUUGGAUUGUUAAUUCUGUCCUAGAGGCUGUAGGAGAGGUUUUCCUAUUUCUUCAAGCAUGCGUGAGGCUAACUCUCCCUGUUCUGCUCCUGCCAUUUCAACAUUGCUAAAUCUUUUCCAGUAUGAGUCAGGAUGGAUUUAGUGACUCUCCUGUCCACCUUCUCUGGUGAGCCAUCUUUGGAAAAGCACCAACUAGUCAGUUUUAUUUAACUAUUUGUCUUAAAGUGGUUAGAAACUGGUUAAAUAGGAAGAGAACGAUAUAGCAUGUAGAGUAGCACAAUAAGACCAUUACUGAACUCGUUACAGCUUAUGCAUUGAAGAGCAGUACUUUGCGAGGUCAGGUGCUUGAUUAGCUGAGUUUUUCCAUCCAGAUGCCUAGUAUGGCUUCAGAGACAACAGGGGAAGUAUGUUUUCAGCUCCUGAGGACAGGGGAAUAGAUCAGCAGUACUAGAUUUUAAAACUUUCAUAGUUGUAACUAAAUUAACAGAAGAUUGACAGUGUAAUGCAGAAAUUCUCAAACCUAGAACCCAAGAUACACACAGGAUGAAUUAAAGAAGCCGUCCAAAUAAUUUAGAUAAGGGAAAAUAAUUUUGUUCAAUGCCGGGAAAUCCUCAGUGAAAGUAAAUGAUUUAAUUGUGGACAUAAUUUCUUCUAUAAUUAAGCUUCCCCCCCCUCUUUUUUAAAAGGGAAAGUUGUGCCCAUCUGACCUUAGGUCCUGGCUCUCUUGCUGUAAAGGAUUGCUUAAUUUGUACCAUUGGCUUUCAGGGUUACGCACUGAGCCUUAGCUACUACAGACAGGGAAUAUAAUACAGUAACUCUUGAGAAAGGGGCUGUGUGCAGAAUUUAAGAGAAAAAGCCUGCAAGUUUUAGCUCUGUUCUGUAUACUUGUACAGUCUUAAUAUGUGCAAAAUAAGUUCUUGCAGCAUGUCUAACCUGUUAACAUCUUCUUUACUUGACUCCUGUGCCAUUGCUAUACAACCUCUUAAAGCAUGGUUUGGAUAAGAAUAAGGGUAGGAGACAGGCAAGUCAUCUAUAAAUAUAGUCCCUUAAGAAAAAAAUUAGUUAAGCCUUUAAAUUCCAAAUGAGUGUCUGGAAUACUACAUUCCAAUGAACCAAGCCUCUGGUGUCCUGUGAAACUGUGGAUGUAAAAUUCUCCUGUCUACCAAAUUCAGAAAUGUAACCAUUUGUUAACUGUAUUUGAAGGUGUAUCCUUAAGAAGUGUUCCAAAUUAAAGGAGGUAAAAAGUA